UGCUUACUCCUUGUUAUGUCUGGCCAAAGGUGUGGGAAAAAAAGCAUGUGCUUUCAGGACCAGUUGUAUAAAGGGAAGUACCACUGACCUCAGUCAAUACUUCCUUCCUAACCAGGUCCCUGUUAAAACUGAAAUGAUGUGGCUAUAUGCAGCCUAUAUUCAAAAACUUCAUUUAAACUACAUUUAGUCCAGUUUUAAAAUGUUCUUUUCAGCUGCAUUACAAUCACCCUCAAAAGAUGUUGAAAAAUCAUUAGACCUAUUUAUUGAUCAAUGUCUUGUGUGUUUAGAGGUUAACACAGUUUUCUUUAUUUUUAUUUACAGCAUUUAAUGUACGUCAUGGUCUGUUACAUGUUGAGAAACCUCUAAAAGGAAAUGGGAUGAUUUUGCUUGUGCUUGACCAUUUUAGCAGCACAGAAUACAAACUACAAGUACAAAAUCAAUUGCCUUUGCCACAAAGUUGCUUCUGGUUUGCUUUUCUGCUUCCCCAUAAGAAGCAGAAAAAAUUUACUGGAGGAGCAAAAGUGCUCCUCAUGUCUGGAAUCCUGGUAAAUGUGCCUGAAAAUACGAAUUAAGUCCGGCCCAGUGGUGUUGUUGCAGAAAUUUCUCAAACACACUCUGGUUCGUUGUUUGGAAAUAUGUGUGUUUUUCCACCAACUAAGACAUCAAUAAAGAGGGAGGAGCAAGGUUAUUUCCCUAAACUGGAAUUCCUGGUUUACAGAAGGUCAGAUAGAGUAUAAAAGGGGAGUGAGAGCAGAGAAAGAUUGUACAGAGACUGAGAUUCACAACCACGAGGAUGAAGAAGAUUGUAGUCCUGUUUGUUGCGCUCACCUGCAGUCUAUGUGACGUUCAGGUUAAUGAAAACAAUGAUAAAGUCCAUCAGUGCGGAGGAUCAUCCAGCUGCUGUAAAAUCUAUUCCCUCACUUCCAUAACCCACCUGGGAGCAGUGGAAGAGAAAAUCACAAACAUGGCAGAAAAAAUAACACUCCUGGAGGCCAAGUUGCAAAACACUGAAAAAGAAGUCGUGGAGCUGCGGAGCCUUACUGGAGGCACACCUCAGGUGGCCUUUUCUGUAGCUCUCAGGGAUUCUGGCUCUGGAGACAUUGGACCUUUCAAUACUGCUAUCGCUCUGCAGUACAAGAGGGUCUUCUCAAACACUGGCAGUUGCUACAAUCCUUCAACAGGCAUUUUCACAGCAAUGGUCAAAGGAAUGUACUUCUUUCGAUUCUCAAUGUUCAACAACUUAAGUCCUGUUCCCAACUCUGUUGUAAGCCUCAUGAAGAACGGUCAGCGGCUGGUCUCUGUCUGGGACACCUCAGGUUCUGACAUCAACGACAUGGGCAGCAAUGCUGUGGUCAUCCCCCUCGAGCUGGGAGAUAACGUGUAUGUAGAGCUCCAGGCAAACAGGAUUGUCUAUGAUGAUAGCAUGAACUACAACACCUUCAGUGGUUUUCUACUCUUCACUGUGUAAUUUAAACAACGUGAUUUCAGGUCUGCAUGGCUCUUCAUGGUUUUACUGUAGAGGAAAUAUCUCAGUGUUCAUACUGCUGAGUGGUAGGUUGGAAAGUGGAAUCUGUGACACCAUCUGCUUUGUAUGUAUUUAGCUGAACAAACAGCAAAUUUGGAGAGGUUCAUUUUUGAGAUGGGUUACUGUAUUAGUUACGUCUGGGUAUCAAAUAAAUAUCAAGCUUGAAUCUUCUUAA